GGCCAUCAUUCAUGAAUGCGUCUCUAGUCGUAAACGUAGACAACAAACUGAUUUUCAUUGCGCGGUAAAAAAGUGUUUCUUCUAGUAGAAUCCGUUGAUAAUAACCGAUAAUACCGACCCAAGACAGUGUCAGUGUGUUUUGCGCGCGCGCGUCAUCAAUAAAUCACCCGGAUCAAGAUGAAACUGGUGCUGCUAUCGGCGGUGAUUUUGCUGGCAGGAAAUGUUGCAUUGGCCGAGCGCGAGGACCCACUUGAGAUCUUUGCCCAGCUGAAACGUGCCACGAAGCUAUUUUCCGGUGCAUCGGACCUUCUUGCAAGUGGCCAACGUGAAGUGCUGCUGACCGAGGAGAGUUACGUUCAGACGGCGCUCAACGAUGAGGCUGAAUUGCUGAACCAACUGACCGGAAGUGACGUGCAGCGCAACGGCCCACAGUGCGUGGAGUUCAUCCGGACCAACGUGAACUUGCUGAUGAGUCUCGCCGGAAUCGCUUACACCAACUGUCUGAACGAAGUUGACGAAGCCCUGUUCAGCAAACUUUCCGAAACGACCCAGACGCUGUCCCGUGACCAGUACGACCAACUCAAUCUGUUGGCGGUGUUCCGCGGUGAGAACAUCUUUGCCGAUCCCGCCAAAAUCCGCCAAAAGUUGGCCAACUGGCAGCAGACCCGCACCGAGCUAUCCCCCGAAGUGACGACGAGCGCCCUGACGGCCGCCACCUUUGAUGAACUGAAGACCGCGUUCCGCGCGUGCAUGGCCACGGCCCAGUCCCGGUUGGCGGACAAUUUAAACUUUACCGCCCAGCAGGUGCGGGCCAUUUGCGCUAAGCAAGUUUAAUCGAGGGGCGGAGUCCCACGCCAAGUGGGCGGAUCCUAUUGCAAAACGAGAGCGGGCCAAAGUUGAUGAAAUAAAUUAUUCAAAAGUGCUUACGA